AUGGCGACAGCAGCAGCUCUCGAUCAACCCGAUUUAAUGAACGUUGAUGCAUCCACAAACGGCCAUGCUGAGGAAAAUCCGUCACUGCCACCACCGACUGAAGAACAAGUCCAUCAAGAGCCAUCAGAAGAAACAGAGCAACAGACAGAAGAAAAUGGAGAAAGCAAACCUAUUGUGGGUAUCAUUUAUCCUCCACCCAACAUUCGAGAAACGAUCGAUACUGCUGCUGGCAUUCUUGCCAACAAACCGCCACAACUUGAAGAUCGUAUUCGCGAAAACGAAAAACAUAAUGCCAAAUUCUGUUUCUUGAAUCCGAGUGAUCCGUACCAUGCCUACUAUCAAUUUAAACUACAAGAAGUUCGAGAAGGAAAAGUUCCUGUGAAAGCAGCAGCAAAAGAAGAAAAGGAAGUUAUUGAAGCUGAAGAAAUUGAAAUGCGACCGAAAGAACCUGAAGCAUUUCAGUUUUCAGCAAGCAUGCCAGCAAUGUCAGCUCAAGAUCUGGAUAUCAUGAAGCUUACAGCUCAAUUUGCAGCACGUAACGGUCGUCAGUUCAUUAACCAGCUCGCGCAACGUGAAUCCAGAAAUUAUCAGUUUGACUUUUUACGGCCAUCACACAGUUUAUUUCCAUUUUUCACCGAACUCGUUAGACAGUACACAAAGGUCCUUGCACCGCCUGCAGAUCUGAAGGAGAAACUGAAAGAGAAUACGCAAAACAAAUACCGGAUCCUCUCCAGAGUCAAAGAACGCGUCGAAUGGGUCGCUUGGGUGGAGGCUGAAAAGAAAAAGAAGGCUGAUGAAGAUGAAAAAGAACGAAUUGCUUAUGCUACUAUUGACUGGCAUGAUUUCGUUAUUGUCGAGACGGUCGAAUUUACAGAGACAGACGAUAACAUGGAUUUGCCACCACCCAUGAGCUUGUCGGAACUGGAGAAUAUGUCGCUUGCAGAAAAGAGAAUGAAUGCCAUCAUUCAACCUGCUCAGGAAGAGAAACCAGGCGAUGUGGAGAUGGAUAUUGAAGAUGUGGAUAUGGAGGAGAGUGACAAUGAAGAAGAAGAAGCAGCACAGCAGGCACAACAGGUCAAGGUUCCCGAUACAAACGCACCCUUCAAAAUCCGUACGGAUUACAAACCCAAGGUGUUGGGCGCUGCACAAGCCAAGGGACAGGAGCCAACGCAGAUCUGUCCUCGUUGCGGUGAGCGGAUCCCGAUGUCAGAAAUGGACGAGCAUAUGCGUAUUGAGUUGCUGGAUCCCAAAUGGAAGGAACAGAAGCUGGCUGCAGAAGCAAAGAAGAAGGACAGCAACUUGCUUCAAGAGGGCACAGAUGUUGCCAAAAUCUUAAAGAACUUCUCGGGAUACCGAACAGAUAUCUUCGGCAGCGAGGAAACGGAGAUUGGUAAAAAGGUGCACGAAGAAGAACAAGAGGAAGCCGAGGACGCAAUGAAGAAAGAGCGUGUCAUUUGGGAUGGGCACUCGGCAACCAUCAACCUGGCGACGCAGCGAGCACAACAGCACACGUCUAUUGAAGAGCAAAUUGCUGCCAUUCAUAGAAGCAAAGGAUUUACCGGUGACGGAUAUGGCCCUGCUGGUCCACGUAUGCCAGGUUCAAAUUAUCCUGAUCCAUCCAUGGCGCCACCACAACCUGGUCAACAACCCUACUACAGCGCACCACCGCCGUCUGGAUCGGUGCCUAUACCAGACGGUGGGGCAUUCAACAACCAAUUGCCCAACAUGUAUGCACAACCACAACAGCAGUUGCCACCACAGCCGACCAUGAACACGCCCGAACAGCCUGCGGGAGGAGAUGCUGGUGUUCGAAAAGCCGAGGAUGAACUCGAGGGACAGAGCGAAGCGAAGCGGGCGCGUAUGGAUAGCCAUGAUCAGACACAGACACAGGCCUCUCCAGCUGCCCCGGCUACGCCAAUGACUCCGGCUACGCCAGCAAAGGCUAUACCAACUCCUGCUGCUGCUGGUACACCCACUGGUGCUGCUCCUCUUGGCGCGAACACUGCUGCUAAUACUGGUGCACCACAAUGGUCCGACCAACCGCUAUCGAUCACGCUGAACAUUGCUACACCCAAUAUGCCCGAAAAGCCAGAAUGGAACCUCAAGGGUGAGACGAUCACCAUCUCGGAUAUGCUACCAAGUACAUUGGUCUCGACGGUGAAGGAUCGUAUCUCAUCACAGUUGGGUAUGCCAGCAGGCAAGCAGAAGCUUUCGACCACAGGCAACAACGUUGUGCUUAACAAUAGCAAGAGUUUGCACUUUUAUGGUAUCAUGGACGGCAAUACUAUCACUCUGGGCUUAAAAGAGAGAGGCAAAAAAUAA